AUGAGUAGGGUAGUGGAUUUGAAUAUAGAUCCAGAUAAAUGGAAUACUCAAACUUCAAAUAAGAUUCAUGGAAGCAGAUAUGAACAUGCUUUUGAAGGUUAUAUUAAAUAUGAAUACUAUAUUUCAUCUUCAAACUCAUUGUUUAAAUUAGCUUCUCUAGAGUACAAUGGACACAAACUCAAAUUUCCGUCUCCUACUACUCUCAUUCUAAAAUUUUACACUUACUUCACAAAUAAUAAUAUCCUAUUGGCAAUACAGAUAAGAGGUGGAAAAAACAUCUAUUUUACUAAUCCAGACACAGGAAAAGAUAUAAAUGGUGAUACUAAAUUUGAUGAAUUUAUAACUACCAAUAAUACUCCACUUAAUGAGUCCACAGACAUUAAAGAGAUACUAGAUAAUGUAGUAAAAAACAAAGGACUAGACUAUGAGGGUUUAUCUGAUGAUAUUAAGAAAAAACUAUGGAAAGCAAAUGCCAUUACAUUUGAUAUUUCUCAAAAACCUAUUAAGAGUAAGGAAAAACAUGUAACCUACAAGUCUUAUAUCACUGAUGUAGAAGUAACUGUAAUAGAUAGCGGUAAAAUAGCCAAUACAUAUCCAAAGGUACAACACAAAGCUUCUACUCCAUUCUACAUUAGAGGUCUUAAGGAUGCAGGUCGUAAGGAUGUGAAUAUAUAUAACGGUUUUCCAAAUGAUCCACUCGAUAAUUUUACUGUAUACUAUGCCACUUCUGAUAGUAGCUACAAUGAUCCUCUUUUGGUAGUAGUAACUACCCAGGAUAUUAGUAGUACUGAUCAAAGAUUUAUUAAAAGUCAGUAUUACAUUUCAAAGAACCAGGGUAGUACUGAAUGGGACAUUCGUAGAAUUGAAUAUCCUGGUAUAGAUGAUAGCGAACUUAAGGAAAUACUAACUAGUAUUGCAAGACAUAGUAAACUUUAUAUUAACAAAGUGAACGAUAGCGGUGAUCUCCAGAAGAAGCUCACAGAUAUCACAGAAGGUCUUAUCAUUGACUUUUCUCUAGCUACUGGGGAUUCUGGUACAUAUGAUUCUGGUAAUGGCAAGAAGGUUCUCUAUAAGAGGACAAAGUAUGAUGGAUACAGUUCCAUUUGUCAUGCUGAUACGUUUACUAGUUUUAGUAUCAAGGAUAUUAAAGUAACUUCUGAUGUAAGUGUUUCAGGUGUUACACUUCCGACUGGAACUAUACUUUCUAGACUGAGAGUUUUCUACUAUGGUACUGAUAAGACUGAAUAUCCCCUCAUGGUGUACUUCAAAUAUGUUAGUGCUGGGAAGAAAAUGUGGAUACGCAGAUACUAUGGAGAUACUAUCUGGCAAGAGUCUACUGAUCAUUCUCCAACCAGUGACCUAGAUUAUCCUGCCAUUAAGAAAGUCAUUGAACAACUAAAUAUUCCACGUAUUACGAUAGAUCUUUCUCAGACUGGAGAAUAUAUUCCCACUGGAAAUAUCCUGAAGUUAAAGGUUGAUAAGUCUGGAGUUAGUGGUUCCGGCUUCUACAAAUUUGCACAAACUGCACCUAGAGAUCUAGGUUUCAAAAUUAAGGGAGUUACUCACAAGGGAAAUACUCUAAAUGGUAUAAAAUCAAACGACCACCUUGACAGAAUUACAGCCUACUAUGAGGGGCAGGAUCCAAAGAACAAAGAGAACCUUCUCAUGAUUGAACUACUAAAAAAGAGGGGUAAUUCUAAUAUGUACGUAUAUUAUUGUAGAGAAGACAAAGAGUCAGGAUGGAUUGUUAUUCCUAGACAAACUGAGAAACUAGAUGGUAUUCCUCUUACCAGUAAACUCAAAGAGUUAAAAGAGAAACUUGACGCUAAAAAAAAGAAAACAAAACAAGCUGAAGGUGGUGAUAAAGGAGGUACUGAACCUAAUGGUGAAACUGGUAAAGGUGCUGGUGGAGUUGAUAAAGGCGAUAAUAAAGGACAAGAAUCUGCUGGUGGAGGUAGUGCUGGUAAUGAAGCUAGAAAUAGUGAUUAUGUAGAUGCUGAAGCUCAACCUGAUGCUGCUACCCUCCAAUCUUCCAGUAACUCUGGUGCUAUAGCUGGUGGAGUAUUAGGAGCUAUAGUUUGUAUAGUUCUCCUAGCCCUACUCAUUAAGAAAGUUGGACCUUCUGUAAGAGCCCAUUUUGAAACUAGAAAUCCUCCAUUGUAG